GUCGAUGUAUAAUAUAUAGCAAAAUUAUAAAUUGAACUUGGGAAGGCAAAAUAAAGAAGCUCACAAUCAAUUUUACAAGAAAGCAAAUAACAGUAAAAAGACUUGUCAGACCCUGAAAAUUCAUUGAAAGCCUAUCAUAUGAUAUGCUCUAUAAAGAAGGGCCCUCAGCUGGUAGAGAUUGGACGAACCCAUCUCAACUCUUCCAUCUCUAAACAGGUUCUUGUUUCUGUCUUUUCAUUACAAAAAACCUGCAAGACAUCAAAGCUAAUUCAUGGUAUGGGCAGCGACUAACAAAGCAGAAAACAGUUAAAGACCAUAAACUCAGGUUUAUUUUAAAUCAUGUAUGAGAAAUGAAAAUAAGUGACAUAUAGAAGAAAACAUUCAAAUAAUAAACCAAGCAGUGACAGAACAGGUGGAAAAAUGUAUUCAACUUGCAUCAAGGAAACCUCAGAAGUCUGUUUUCAUGGAUGCUAUUGCUGUACUACACCUUUUCUUGGCCUUCCUGAACCACAGACUGUGACUUCCAUAGCUACUACUGUUGCUGCUUCUCGCUACGACUUUGAACUUGCUAUGACUUCCUCCAUAUGGCCAAAUUCUAAAUUCACUAAUCAUGAGUCCUUACCUUCGUUAUAUGAUUGUUCCUCCAAUUUCAUUAAAUCAUUUCCACAAUAUUCUUUGACUAAUCAAGCUGACAAAAUUCGAGAAAAAGAAUACUACAAUUUGACACUAUCUAAUCAUGUUUGUCUUGAUUAUUUUGGAAAUGGCCUGUUCUCUUACUCUCAGCAACAGAGUCAUUCUCAGGCUUCAACGUCAACUUCUCCUCCUCCGCCACCGAAGUUUGAACAGCCAUUUUUUGGUAUUUCCUACAAGGCAGUAAGCCUAAACACUCAACUACAAUAUUCAGGACCAGAGUCAGACUUGGAAAACAAGAUCAGAAAAAGAAUUAUGUCCUUUAUGAAUAUCUCUGAAGAUGAUUACACUAUGGUAUUCACUGCAAAUCAGUCAUCUGCAUUUAAACUUCUUGCAGACUAUUAUCCAUUCCAAUCCCAUAAAAAUCUUCUAACAGUUUAUGACCACGAAAGUGAGGCAGUGAAAUUAAUGAUUGAAAGCUCAAAGAAGAAAGGAGCACAAGUUAUGUCAGCUGAAUUUUUAUGGCCUACACUUAGAAUCCAGUCAGGAAAAUUACAGAAGAAGAUAGCAAGUAAAAAGAAAACAAAGAAAGGGUUAUUUGUAUUUCCCCUUCAAUCAAGAAUGACUGGUAAUAGGUAUUCAUAUUUUUGGAUGGGCAUGGCUCAAGAAAAUGGGUGGAAUGUGUUGCUUGAUGCUUGUGCAUUAGGGCCUAAAGACAUGGAAACUCUAGGACUUUCACUUUUCAAGCCAGAUUUUCUAAUUUGCUCUUUUUAUAAGGUUUUUGGUGAAAACCCAUCUGGUUUUGGGUGCCUAUUUGUGAAAAAAUCAAGUAUUUCAAUUUUAAAGGAUUCAGCUACUACCAAUACAAGCAUUGGAAUAGUGAGUCUUGUCCCUGCUAUAAUACCAACUCAGCUUUCUGAAGAAUUAUCUAGUGCUGCUGACAUAGAAGAACCAGAAAUAGAGGAAUUAUUUACACUACCUAUCAUUGAAAGCGAAAAAAGUGGGAACCAAGAACUAGAAUACAAGGGCUUGGAUCUUGCAGACUCAUUAGGGCUGAUACUAAUCAGUGCCAGAGCAAGAUACCUCAUAAACUGGCUAGUUAAUGCAUUGAUGACUCUUCAUCAUCCAAAUUCAGAAAAUGGACAUCCUCCAGUCAGAAUCUAUGGGCCAAAAAUAAAGUUUGACAGAGGACCAGCAGUAGCAUUCAACGUAUUUGAUUGGAAAGGAGAGAGAAUUGAUCCUCAACUUGUGCAAAAACUUGCUGACAGAAACAACAUUUCUUUAAGCUGCGGAUAUUUAAACAAUAUUUGGUUCCCAGACAAGAAUGAUCAAGAACAGAAGAACUGGACAGUAGAGCCAAGAACAGGAACUAGUAGUAUUUCUGUAGUUACAGCUGCAAUUGGAUUCUUGACAAAUUUUGAAGAUGUUUAUAGGCUUUGGAUGUUUGUUUCUCGAUUCUUGGAUGCAGACUUUGUUGAAAAAGAGAAAUGGAGAUAUACAGCUCUUAAUCAGAAUAUAGUUGAAGUUUAGUUUAAUUACACUUAUUCUUUUAUUCUUUUCUAUUAGUAUAUCAUACUUGGAAACAAUGUCUAAGUCGUGAUUCAGACCAAA